AUGUAUCCCUACCGAAUCCCAUGGAGAAGCUUAACCAGUAUUGCGGUGCAAAUGAUAACCGUUGCUUUCAUUACUAUACAAAGGGAUAAUCAACACCAUAGUGUCAAUAAUGCCCAUUCAUUUCGUGAUAAUUAUGAUUAUAUAGUGGUCGGUGCGGGCAGUUCUGGUUGUCCCGUAGCUCGACGUCUAUCUGAUAGAGGCUAUAGUGUAUUGCUUCUUGAAGCUGGUCCCGUACAGAGCUUUAUAACUGAUGUUCCCGGUGUUGAACAAACUAUCCUUAGGGAUAAUCCACAGUAUAACUGGGCAUUUAGUACAGUACCUCAACGAAAAAUAGGUUUAUCCCGAACUAUACCGGGUGUUCUCAAUGAGGAUAAGGGACGUGUGUUGGGAGGGUCAUCAACCAUUAAUAGUUUAGUGUGGCUCAGACCCAAUCCACGUGAUAUGGAUAAUUGGGUUCAUAAAUAUGGUGCAACGGGUUGGAGUUGGGCCGAAACUUUACCCAUAUUUAACAGACUCGAGAAUAACAGUGAUUAUCAAUUUAUUUCGCAAAAUCCCGAAUAUCACGGAACACAUGGACCGAUAGGUGUGAUGUCAGUCAAUGCAAUUGACAACUUUAUUCUGGAUCAGGUUCGCCAAUCAUACAAUUCAGUGGGCAUUCCCAUUGUCGACCUCAAUGGUCCGACACAAUUGGGAACUAACUUUGUUCAGCUCAGUAUUGAAGACGGAUGGCGUGAAAGCUCUGCCAAUGCAUACUUGGAUCCGAACCCCAAUCCCCACAACCUGUACAUCUCAACUGAUUCCUAUGUGACUCAAAUACUUAUAGAUGAUGUUCACGGAAAACCUACGGCUACUGGAGUUCAGUUUGAUGUCACUGAUGCUUACGGUAAACGUCAGACAUAUAAAGUUCGCACAAACAAAGAGGUCGUACUAAGUGCGGGGUCAUAUGGUUCACCACAUUUGUUAAUGUUGUCCGGCAUCGGACCUAAAAGUCAUUUAACAAAAUUUGGUAUUAAACCGAUAGUGGAUCUACCUGUCGGUUAUAAUCUUCAAGAUCACGUACAGGUGUCCAUUGAUAGCUUAAUUAAAGAUCCGCAACAAUUUCUUAAUGAUUUUCCUGAGUUAACUACUGAAAAGUUGUAUCAAUUGAUUAAGAAAAAUAUGGGUCCAUUAGGUUCAUCACCAGUUGUUUACACGUAUAUUAAUACCAAAUCCAAUGCAAAUGAACCCGAGUGGCCAAAUGUUGUCCUCUCUCAUCGCUUUUUACAGUUUUCAACCAAUCUAACUGAACUAAUUGAAAUCUAUAGCCGAGAACAGUUAGAUGAAUGGGAACAGUAUUAUUUUCCAUUACUGGGUGCACCCUAUUUAAGUUCAGAGGUAUUUGUUCGCCGAACUCGUAGUUUUGGUCGGGUGUGGCUUAUGUCUGAAGACCCGUAUGUUUUGCCUGCUAUUGAUCCAAAUUAUUUUGCCGAUGACCGUGACUUUGAAGAUAUGUUAGAGGCUUUUAAAUUCCUGAUUAACUUUCUACAAAACUCUGCCAUUUCAGAGUAUAUAAACUUUAUGCAUACACCUGUGCCUCCCUGUGCUUCAUUACUUUGUAUGGACCGACCAUUCCAACAGUGCGAUGAGUAUCUUAGGUGUUAUAUAACUCAAAUAGGUUUCAAAGAGCAUCAUUCAGUUGGUACGUGUCGUAUGGGAGAUCCGCACAGAAAAGACACUGUUUUGGAUCCCAAACUCAAAGUUAAAGGCGUCGAUGGGUUGAGAGUAUGCGAUGCAUCAGUUAUGCCGCGCUUACCUAAUGCUAACAUCAAUGUCCUGUCCAUUAUGAUUGGCGAAAAGUGCGCCGAUAUUAUUAAUAGCGGUUACUAA